UUUUUAAAUAUAGUAACAAAAAUGUCACGACAACAAGCCGAAUGGAAAAAAAUCGUAUUCGUAUAUAUUUUACAAUUAUUUUCAUAUGCAACACCAGAAGUACGGCUUAUUGCUCCGAAUUACGUCAAGUACAACAGUACAGCGACAUUGACAUGCAAUCAUACUGUCACACCAGAUGACCUUCAUAAGGUUGAAUUUUUAAAAGAUAAUAAAAAAAUAUUGGAAUAUAUAAGAGAUCGUAAAGAUCAUCCAUUUAGAGAAUCGCCGCCUCCUGGUUUAGAAUUUGAGCAUACGCUCGAUGGCAAGACAAUCAAAUUAAAGGAUGUACACUUUGAUGCCUCUGGCUCAUAUUCCUGCUUGGUAAGCUCUACUUAUCCAAUUUAUACUGAAAGCUCGGACGAAGUAAAGCUACAAGUUAUAGUACCUCAGUCGGAUAAUCCGCACAUAACUUUCAAGAAGGCUGUUUACACAGUAGGAGAAGUCCUCGAGGCAAAUUGUACCUCAGCUCCUGCGAAUCCAGUUCCUCAUUUGACAUGGCUCAUCAAUGGAUUAGAAGUUAUUGAAACACGUGUUACAACUUUUCCAUACCGUCAACAUAAAAAACAUUUAAUGUCAGCAAGAUCACAAUUGUCUAUUCAAGUUUCGGAUUUACACGCUGGCAAAAAUGGACGUCUAGAAAUAAGUUGUCAAGCAACAAUACCCAACUAUUUAAUUCAUCAGAAAGAUUACGCUGACAUUAGAACAAAGACUGUAACAGUGGAAAUAACUCCUGGUCCCUCUCCAACACCUUCGUUGGCUGUUCUUCCACGUGGACUCACACCAAUCGUUAUUUUAUGCGUAUUGUUGUGUGUGUUACACAAAAUCUAUAUUUAAUUAUAAUUAUACUUAAAUUAUAAAUAAAAUGUCAAUUGCUAA